AGUCCAGUGUUUACUGCAUUCAACAGUGUUUUCUGAACGCUCUUAUCUAGAUCUAUCUUUACCAGACCCGAGAGAGAGAGGGAUAGAGAGAGAGAGAGAGAGAUUCUACAUCUGAUUUUACUUGCAAAAUAUGGUAAGUACUAUUUUAUUGAUUAUUUAUUACAACAACAAAACUAUGCUAAAAGGUAAAAGAAGGUUGGAAACUAAGUGGAAAUGUUGAUGUGUUUGAGGUGUUGAAAAAAGUUUAGAAAGAGCUAGUAAACUGUAAAAGGAAAUUUACAAAAAAAUUAAUUAAACUUAAACUCUAAAUAAAUAAAUACUACAAACACUAGCUAGUGUAUACACCAGCUCAGAGUUCUGCUUGGACAUUUCCCCAUAGGAAUCCAUUCAAAAGUGUCCAUAUAUACAAUAUUACUCAAAUAAUUUAUGAUGCAUAAUAUAUUAUAAUUCCUGAAAUGUAAAUAUUUUUAGUUUGAACACACAUAUUACACUGUCUGAACACAUGGAUGGCAUGUAAUACAUUUUUUUAGUAUACUAAACAUGCCAUCUGUUCUGUUAGAAUUGAGAUCAACCCUUAAUCAAGCUAAAAUGAGCUGUAGAAUGUCACAGGGAAAAGGUUUCUCACAACCUCCUUUAUCUUCUAACUCUCUCUUCUCUUCUACUUUUUUCCAUCUACAGGAGACAAACAGCAUGGAAACCGACUCUGUCCUGAGGACUUUGGGCUUUCAAGUGCUCUGUGAACUUGGCCAUGGAACCUUUGCUCAUGUUAAACUUGCUAAAUCUAAAAGACACCGCAAAACUGUGGCCAUCAAAGUGCUAGACUUGAAAGAGAUACCAAGUUGUAUCGUUGCUAAACAUUUACCCAAUGAACUCGCUAUCCUCAGAAUAGUGAAGCACCGUCAUAUAAUCGAGGUGCUUAACCUGUAUGAGAUGCCUAACAGAGAGGUGUACGUUGUGAUGGAGGCUGCUUCAACAGAUCUCCUUGCCAAGACCAUAGAGUUUGGCAGAAUCCCUGUUAGGUCGGCCAGUAUAUGGUUCUGCCAGCUUCUCAGUGCUGUGGACUAUCUACACCAACAUGACAUAGCCCACCGAGACCUCAAACUCAACAAUGUGCUUCUGACUUCGGACGGUCGAGUCAAACUGACCGAUUUUAGCUUCGGAUGCUUUUCAAUAGGCUAUCCUGAUUUUAGGAGGACAGUGUGUGGAAACAAAUAUUAUAUUGCCCCUGAGAUGUAUAGUAAAAACUAUGAUCCAAAGAAAAGCGAUGUUUGGAGCCUGGGGGUGAUUUUCUAUGCCAUGGUCAACGGCUUCUUCCCCUUCAGGGGAUCCAAACUGGAUGGCUUGAAACAUGCCCAGCGCAUAAACUAUGAAUAUUCAGCCCAAGAGGAGAAAUCGUGUAGAGCCUUUAUCUCCUACAUGCUGCAGGGCGACCCUUCCACCCGACCUUGUGUGAAAGAGGUGCUGCAGCACCCUUUCCUGGUGUCAGCACGAGAAAGACAAACAGGGAGAUUUAUUGUGGUGCCAGUCCAUGAGGAUGAAAGUUUAAUUUGUAAAUAUAAAGGAGUUAAGGAAGCGGUUGAGAAAGAGGUUAAGGAGGAGGAGGAGAAAGAGAAGCAGGAGAAGGAUGAGGAGGAGAAGAAAAAGGAGCAGGAGAAGGAUGAGGAGGAGAAGAAAAAGGAGGAGGCGGAGAAAGUAAAGCAGGAGAAGGAGAAAGUAAAGCAGGAGAAGGAUGAGGAGGAGAAGAAAAAGGAGGAGGAGAAGAAAGAGAAGCAGGAGAAGGAUGAAGAGGAGAAAAAGAAGGAGGAGGAGAAAGAGAAGCAGGAGAAGGAUGAGGAGGAGAAGAAAAAGGAGGAGGAGAAAGAGAAGCAGGAGAAGGAUGAGGAGGAGAAGAAAAAGGAGGAGGAGGAGAAAGAGGAUAAGGAGAAGGAAGAGGAAAAGGAGAAAGAGGAGGAGAAGGAGAAAGAGGAAGAGAAGGAGAAAGAGGAUGACGAGGAGGAGAUGGUAUCUGGCUGCUGUCCAUUUUGUGCUGCAUUUAAAAAUAAAGCUAAAGCCUAUAUUGCAACAACAAUUAUUCGAGCAGCCAAGACAAUUGGAAGGAGGAUGAACAAGAUAUUUGGGAGGAUUGCUCCUGUCUAGCAGAACAAUUGGAAGGAGGAUGAAAAGAUAUUCGGGAGGACCGCUCCUAUCUAGCAGGACAAUGUUCAAGCAAAUAUUGCCUCUACAAAAUCACCUACUGGGUCUUGUUCUUCGCAAAGAAACGAGGAUCUGACACGCGAGUCAGAAGAUAUGGAGGCACAGCCCCAGGAGAGGCGGAAAAUCUGGAGACCAAGAUUCACUUUCUUUUUUCUGUAUCCGAUGUCGACCCAAGGAGGAUGGUUUCCUCUUUUAAGGCGUGGUUCCUCCCAAGGUUUCUUCCUCUGAGGGAGUUUUUCCUUGCCCCUGUCGCCACCGGCUCACUCAAAAGAGGCUCGGAUACAGAAAAAGCAUGCAAAGGGCAAAGGGCAGGAUGCGGCCGUUUUUAAUAAUUAAGAAUAGAAAUGGUGCCCUAUGACCAAAUUCUGAACAAAAACAGUGCGAGAGUGUUCUGAUCCUGGAUCAGCUUCUCCUAUAUAAAAUGUGGAAAUAAAUUAAUAAACAUAUUAAAAAAAAAAACAUUUACCAUGUAAUGUUUUCAUUUCAUAUAAAAAUGUCAGCCAAUGAUAAAAUCUAACAAAAAUAUAAUUUGCAAUAGUCACAUUUCAUUCCAAAAUACAAUUUUGUAUAUAUAUAUAUAUAUAUUGAUUGCAAACACAGGAAAGAGGAUGUGCCUGGAAGGUAUUAUUUCUUCCUGCCAAUAAGAAGUAAGUUGAACAGGAUAUAUAUAAGGAGCUUAACCAUUUUAGAUCUGAAUUAUUUCAAGCGAUUGGAAAAAAUGUAAGAAUAGGGCUGGGCGAUAUGAAAGAAAAUGAAUUGAAUUUUAAAAAGUCAUUAUACAUCCACACAGGUUCUAUAUAUAGUCAUUAUUGGACUCAUUUAAUUUAAUGUAUUCCGGACCCCAAUAUAAUGAACUCCCCUCUCCACCUGUCUGGCCCUUAAAACAAGUACAAG